UGUACAAAUUAAUUGUUCAACAGAAUGUGUUUUUAAUGAUCAUGAUAUAGUAAUGUGUAGAAAUUUUUUAAAAGAAGAACAGAAAACAUGUGAAAUAUCUAAUAACACAGAUAAAAAUAUAGUUUAUGAUACCGCUAAUUAUAGAUUGAUAAUGGUAAUUAAUUAUUCAGAUUGGAUGUAUCAAGGACGUUUUAGAACUGAUAUGGAUAUAAAUGAUAAAAUUAAGUUGGGAGAUAGAUUUGAACAACUUGAUUCUGGUUAUCCAGUUUUUAUUUCAGAUGGAAAUAUUGAAAUAGCAUAUCAUCCAGAUAUGACAAAUGUUAACAAUAUUCAAACGUUUUCUAAAAUGGUUGUAGAUCAAAUUAUGGAUAAAAUACCUAAACCUGCUGCUGUG